GAGAAAGAGGCGGGUCCGAGCGAGCCUCCCUCCCUCCCUCGCUUCGCGGGCGCCGCCGGCCGCUGCGGCUCCGGGUGGCCCGCCGCGCGCUCCUCUUCUCCCUGCGCCGCUUCGCGAGGGCGCCAGAGGGGGCUGCAGCGCUGCUGCUGCUGCUGCGUGCGCCGGGCGCCCGUCCAUCCGUCCCUGUUCGCAGCAGCAUCAGCAGCGAGGAGAAGCGGCGCUUGCCUGCCUGCCUGCCUGCCCGGCCGCCGCUCCUGCGCAACGCCCUCCCUCGCGCCGCCCGAGGCGCAGCGGGCGCCUCCCUCGCCUCGCCUCUCCCCGCCCCGCCGGGCUGCCCUAGGCUCCGCCUGCCCGGCUCGCUGCCUGCCACUCGCCUCGGGAAGCCGGGCUGCUGCUGCUGCUGCUGCUGCUGGUCCCGCUGCUGCUGCUCGGUCGCCUUCCCGGCGGGGGAAAGAAGGCAAGGCAGCCGCCGGUGGUGCCAGUGCCGCCGCCGCCCGUGCGCGCUCCUCCGCUGUCCUCCUCUCCCUCCGCCGUCCAGCCCAGCAGCUUGAUCCUGAAAACACCGGUUUCAUUGGCGUGGAGACCUUUGCCAGCCUGGUACACAGCCAUGAACUGCCUCUGGACCCCGCAAAACUGGAGAUGCUGGUGGCAUUGGCACAGAGCAACGACGAGGGACAGAUCUGCUAUCAGGAGCUGGUAGAUCUGAUCAGCAGCAAGCGGUCGAGCAGCUUCAAGCGAGCCAUCGCCAACGGGCAGAGGGCGCUUCCCCGCGAUGGGCUCCUGGACGAGACGGGCCUGGGCUUCUACAAGCGCUUUGUGCGCUACGUGGCCUACGAAAUCCUUCCCUGCGAGAUGGACCGGAGGUGGUACUUCUACCAGCACCGCACCUGCCCGCCUCCGGUUUUCAUGGCGGUCGUCACACUGACCCAGAUCAUCGUAUUCCUCUGCUAUGGGGCUCGGCUGAACAAGUGGGUCCUGCAGACAUACCACCCUGAGUACAUGAAGAGCCCCCUCGUGUACCACCCGGGACACCGCGCUCGUGCCUGGAGGUUCCUCACCUACAUGUUCAUGCAUGUGGGGUUGGAGCAGCUGGGCUUCAACGCCCUCUUGCAGCUGAUGAUCGGGGUACCCCUAGAGAUGGUCCACGGCAUCCUUCGCAUCAGCUUCCUCUACCUCGCAGGAGUUCUGGCAGGUUCCCUGACCGUCUCCAUCACAGACAUGAGAGCACCUUUGGUUGGAGGUUCGGGGGGAGUCUAUGCCCUCUGCUCUGCUCACCUGGCCAACGUUGUCAUGAACUGGGCAGGGAUGCGUUGCCCUUACAAACUGCUGCGCAUGGUGUUAGCCCUGGUGUGCAUGAGCUCUGAGGUGGGCCGUGCUGUUUGGCUGCGUUUCUCUCCCCCCUUGCCCUCCUCGGGCCCCCAGCCCAGCUUCAUGGCCCACCUGGCAGGGGCGAUUGUGGGCAUCAGCAUGGGCCUGACCAUCCUCCGCAGCUACGAGGAGAACCUCCAGGACCAGUGCGGCUGGUGGGUGGUGCUCCUCUCCUACGCCACCUUCCUGGUCUUUGCCGUCUUCUGGAACAUCUUCGCCUACGACCUUCUAGGGGCACAGAUCCCACCUCCCCCGUAGCAAUCCCCUCCCGCUUCCCGGUCCCAGUUCUCUCUGCAACACCCGCCCUGGAAGUGCCAAAAACUGCAGACAUCACCGGAGAGAAAGGGAGGGGGCUGACCUGGCGCACAGGAGCGCAGGAGCCCAGCGACCGCGCGCCGCGUCUCCGAAGCGAUUCGUCAGCCGGAUGCCAAAAACAAGAUUAGCAAGGACCCAUGCUAGGCUCCUGCGGGAAGAGGCCGGAGGGCAAAUGGGGCCAUCUGUGACCCAGGAACGAACAAACUGCCACCCCUUUCCCUAGAAUUCCCUCUGUGUCCACCCCCAGCUCAGCUCCAAAGAGGGGUGGGGGGAGAUCCCUUAGCAAUUGUGUUCUCAGAGAUCCCCUUAUAGGCAUGAGAGUCUAUGUAUUCUUUUUGGGGAGGGAGGGUUGGUGGGUUGGUACCCCUUUACCCGUGUCUAUUCCAGAGUUUUGUGUUCCUCCGGCAGAGCUGUGUCUGUGAUGAUGGAUGCAGCUGCAUCUGAUGCCUUCAGAUCAUUCCUCGUGCUCUUGAGUUGCUGGGUUUGUUGGCUUGUUUGCUUUGUAACCUCCUUCAUUCCCUUGCUUUGGAAUUGGUUUUUCUGCGAGCUCCUUGGGUAACACCUCUGUGCUUCAGUUUUUUUUACCGGGGAGGGGCUGAGAUGGUGGGUGGGUGGGUUUCGCCUUUCUUUGGCCUGGGAGUCCUUCCAUCUAACCUGUGGUUGGAGGUCUGGUUUUGGGAUUCUUCUGUAGGGAAGGAGGGAAAUACAGCAUCUUCCCAUUGCUCAAUGUUUGAUGAUGUGGUUUGCAGGCAAAAGGUCCCAGUUCAAUCCCUGGCGCCUCCAAGGAUGGCCAUGUCUCGGACUGUGGAGAGGCGCUAUCAAUCAGUAUAGUCAACAUUGAGCUAGAUGGUCUGACUUUGUAUACAGAGCAGCUUCCUAUGCUCCUGUGUGUGAGAGAGUGCACAGGAGGUCCACACCAAUACACACCAGCGUGCAGGUCUGCGUGCAUUAUUAUGAUCAUUUAAGGAAACAAUCAAGGGUCAUAGCAGCUUCCUAUGUUUCUAUAAAUGUGUCUUCUCUGCGCUGAGGAAUCUCUGGCCUUAAAGGAGAUUCCCAGAUGGAACUCCAGGCCCUAAGAUCUCUACAAAGUCCAUGGGGUUCAGGCAGCUUCCUUCUCCUGCCUUUCUUCCAUCACCCUGCCUCUGUCCCCCUUGUAUUGCCAAGGUGCCCAUUUGGCCCCGACGGAACAGUGACUGAGCAAUUGGUCCUGUUCAGGCUCACAGGUUUUGUGUUUCCAGAAGCUGGUUUCUAGAGCAGGGGUUGGUCUAGAUCAGGGACAGCCGACUUCUGGAUUCUCAGGAGUGUGUGUAUGUGUGCGCGCGCAGGGAAGGUGCGGAGUUCUGUGCUGUAGUUAGUAGUUGGGAAGCAAGGCUUGGAAGUAUAUUUUGCCAUGAAGUCCGAUCACCUGAAUGGGUGGAUUGGCUCUUAAAAUAGCAAAUGCACUUGGUGGGUGGGUGGGGGGAGGAGAGCUCCACUUAAAACCCAAAGAGAGAGAAAGCGGGGUCUGUUUUGUGCCAUACCUUUGAACAAUUUUUUUCGUUUUCUUAAAUGAGCAUGAACAGUCUUGGCUUAAGACACGGGAAGGCCACAUGGCGCCUGGAUAAAUUUGCUUGAGGAGGUCAGCUGUGCCCUCCAGAUGGCCAGUUAACUCAUCCUUGGCCUAGAUUGAUCUUCCCAUCCUUUAUGAGGACCUUUGACAGUGUUCAACUGCACUGGGGAUUGAAGCGGGGAGCCUGAGCAGGUGGGAGAGUGGAGCUCUUACUCUUCUGCCCAGGCUGAGAUGGAACCCUCCCCAUUUAUCGGCAGCUUUUGCUAAGGGUGCUCCAGCAGGAAUCCUCCAAAUGGGAUGGGCUCGGUGAAAACCCUUGGUGGAGCCCUCAACACCUCAAGGCCAGCUAAUGGGCUCCACCGUCCUUCUGCUAAGGCCUGGAAGGGUUCCUGGGUGUUUUAAUUUUAAAACUUUCUAGCUGGCUUCAAAACGUGCCUUCCUGUCGCAAGGGGUGCCAUUUGGGAAGCGAGUUUAUUUCGUUUUGCGCUGUGGGAGCAGUAGAUCUCUGGCACAUGGCCUGUGACAGCACCCCAGAUCUCGCUGCACCAGGCUGCUGAAAUUGUUCCGUCCCGCUGCGAAUGGAAAUGCACCUGUCUUCGGAGAGAUGAAGUCUAAAGAUGAACAGGCAGGGGUGAGCAUGCAAUAGGGGGGAGAAU